UUUAUUAUUGUUACAGCAAAGCAUAUAUAUUAAGUAUAUAUGCUAUUAGUAUAUAUGCUUUGGUUACAGUAAACGUUCGGUUUGGACGUCGUGCAUUUAGUUUUUACGGCUAAACAAAUUGUUGUUUUUUUGUGGAUUCUACUUCAGAUAAGUUUUUGCAGUUUUGGUAUGGCUGCUGCAGUCAAAUUGCUCAUUAAUCAACUAUGUUGUCAUUUCACCGGACACAAAAUUAAACCUCUGGUAUCUGUAUUUCCAAGGUUGUUUCAUGCUACCGAUCAUGUCUCCGACGUUCGGUUAACAAAAACGUGGCGCCUGAAAGUCGAGCCGUUUUGGAAAUUGCGCGUAAACGUGUGCGGUUGCAAUGUUUAUGUCGAAAGUUUUGACCCAAACGUUAACCUGGACGGAAAGGAAAUGCACGUUUACCUGAAGGGUAGUGAAGGUGCCGACUCGUACAAUAUCGUGGAUCAAAGUAAAAUCAAAACGAUUUCCAUUUCAAAUACAAACGAAGGAGGAAAUUUGGAUAAACUGUGUAUAAAAGUUCCUGUUGCAUUCAAUAUUGACAUUUGUUCUAAAAACUCUGCUGUCAUUUCUGUGUCAUCCCUUGAAAGCAAUUGUGUCUCUGUUGAAGCAGAAAAUGGCGACAUACAUGUAAAAAAUCUAAAGGGUAAAGCCAUUACCUUGCAAGCAAAGAAAGGAACCAUAAUAAGUAAAACUCUAUUACAAGGUAACCUUUCUUUAAAUGGAUGUUCCAUGAUAAAAACUGACAGAUUGCAAGGCCCGAGCAUACAACUUACAUCCAACUCUUCAAUUUUUACACAAGAUAUUUAUGCAGAAGAUGUGACAAUACAAGCCAGGAAUACUGUGGGGAUAAAAAGUAUGCAUGGAAACUCAAAAAUAUUUUCGGAGGGGGAUAUUAACAUUGGGACUCUGGAGGGCAAGUCAAAUAUAUCAUCUGCUAAAGGAGCCGUCAAUGUAUACAUAGCUAAUCCAACUCCAGUUGCUGUAAUUUCUGAUAACAUUCAGAUCUCAGCUCCAUCUGACUUGACAGCUAAUCUGAAUUUUAAUGCAAGCAUACUGGAUAUUCCAGAAUAUAUCUCUCAACAGAGUACUUCAUCACAAAUGGACCAUGAGUUAAGAGCUGAACUGAAUGGUGGUGGGCCAGUCAUCCAGGCUCUGGCAAAACAUCGUUUUAAAUUCGCUAUAAAAACAUGGUUAGAAAGAACAAUGGAAUAUCGAAAAUUGGAGAAAACUUUUGCAGAUGAUCAACCUUGAAGUUAUUUUAUACAUCUUUUAUAAUUCCAGUGCAUACUUUGUCACUUUGUUUAAUGAGCAAUGUUUUGGCUUCUGUGUUGCUUCCGUAUGCUUCUACCACUAUUACAGGGAGUUCCUAUGACAUAUGAAUGAAAUUAUAUGAACAGUCAUUUAAUUAAUGUUUAAAUUAAACCCAUCAAAGCUGUGCUUGCGUUAUUAGUUAAUUGGCUUUUAUAUUGCUCAAGUUUACACACAAGUUGCUUUUAAGCGAUCGUUAAUUUGGUACCCAAUGUACCAUCAUU